UAGUCACCAUUAAGGUGGGUCAUGUUCACAGAUGAGGAGAAGCUAGUCACCAUUAAGGCUAUUCAGACGCUGGCCACAAUGUGUGAGUGCUGCGGAGACUUCCUCAGACAACGAACCAUGAAGGAUGUCGUGCCCAAACUGGUUUCUUUCCUCACCACCCAGGAGAAGAUCAGUUGCAGUUCAGCCCAGGCAUACCAGUACACAGUGUCUUACAAGCUGCAGCUGGCCUGCCUGACACACCUGGGACCCAUCUGUCAGGAGGUGGAGUCCCAUGGUCUGGAUCCUGUUGUAAGAGGUUGUCUUCCCUACCUGAGUUUACACCAGCCCAAACCUCUACAGCAGGCAAGCUUAACAUGUUUUAAACAUCUCAUAUCCCUGGAGCCAGAUGUCAUAUGGCUACGACUCAGUGACCUUUACACACCAGAUGACCUUUCACCUCCGGGGUCAGAAUUUAGGCACAUCAAGUUCCUGGCCCGGUCUGGGGAGCGGAAUGAGUACUCGGACAACGUCAUCUUGCUGCUUCCUCUCACGUCCUGUGUACAAACUGCAAUAAAGUCUUGACAUUUGUAAA